AUGGUCUUGCAGGUUUUGACUGCGCGAAAUGUGCUCUUCUUGGGGGCCUUCCCUUGGCCGAGCUUUGGCAAGGGCAACGAGGACUGCUUUCGUGGAGGAAAUGGGCUGACCUAUGAGGCGUGCUGCCAGGAAGCAAGAGGUUGUUGGGGCGACGCGGAAUGGGCUCGGGAGUAUUGCUGCGAAGGCGCAAGUUCAGCGGACGCGCUGGAGCGGUGGAACCUACUGGCAGCGACCUUGAGUCACGUGCGGGAUACCGUGGACUGUGAGCUGAAGGCCUGGCUUCAUGGCGUCCUGCCCAUGUGCGAGAAGGGUUUGAUCGCCAGGCUCUCGGCGCUGGACAUUAUUGAUGCCAGCUGGGUCAGCAGCUCCUGGGUGCCUUCUAUGCUCUACCGGAGGGGUCGGACUGCCGUGGAGGGGCUACACUUUGUCAUGCUGCUUUGCCAGACGGUCCUGCACUGGCGGACAGCAGCACAGGUGGGAGCUGGGCUUGGGGACGAUCUGUUGGCACCCUUUCGGGCGUCGCAUGCCAAAGCAGCUGAGGAGCUGCGCCGAUACUCGCUGGAAGCGACGACGAGGAGUUGGACGAGGCAGCUCAAGCUGCUCAAGCUGCUUGGGACGCGGCCGCGCGAUGCGGGUGCUGGCCGUGCUGCUGAUGCGGGUGCUGGCAGUGCUGUCCAUGUGGCUUUGGUGGCAUCGGUGGGCGAGCCCGUGUUUGCCUUCAAGGCAAUGGCCACCAUCCGCUCGGCCUUGUUCUUCGCACGGCGCAAGAAGCUGCACUUCCACCUCUUCGUCGAUGCUGCCGGUGAGCUUGCCCUGCGCGGUUGCCUCGACGAGCUGCGGCAAAAAGAGCCCAUUUUGGCGGCCCGUGCUGCCAACUUUGAGCUCCAUGGAGAGGACGUGCUGCAAAGGUUCUUCCGAGUCCUGCGGGCGAACCUCGGAGAUUUGCCUGGAUGCCUGGGCCAAACAAAGCUCUUUGGAGAUACCGGCUGGAUCCGGCUGUUUGUUCAUGAGCUCUUCAGGCACCGCCCGGACGUGGCUUUGUUGGUUUUCGUAGAUGCCGGGGACUACGUCUUUCUCGAGGACGUCUCGCUGGUCCUGAGGCACCGGGGACAGUUCGGAGAAUCGCAGCUAGCAGCCUCCCCACGAGACGGCGACAUGCCCUUUCAACUCCUGGACUUGCCCCGGAUGAGGCGCCUCAACUUCACGAAGAUUCUGUCGGAGACGGUUCGCGAAGGCUUUGGCGAGAGCCCUUCAUACUGGUGCAGCUUGGGGGAGGGCGUGACCACGAGGGCGCUGGCGCAGAAUGCGAGCCUGUGGCAUGUCUUCGAGGAGCCCUGGAUCGUGGAGCCCCGCGAGCACGGAGGCGUGCAGGGUCGGGGCGGCGGUGUGAAGAACGUGUGGAAAAAGCCAGCGCCGCGGCCCGACGAUGCUGCCAUCUGGCGGGACAGGGUCUAUCCAGGACUCUUUGACUGGACCGUCUUACAUGUUCACUGCCCACUCUUUGUGGAAACUUUCCUUGCAACGACUUUGGAAGGGAGUCUGCCGCCAAGCAGGUCGCAAUACAAGUUCCUGGGAUGGGUGGUGAGGCCGUUUCACUCUGCAAGCAUCGUCAACGCAACCCUGGAGGCUUCAGGCGUACACAACGGGCACCUGAGCUUCCUCCGCUGCAAUGAGAAGGCCUUGGGCGUUCACUUCACCUCGACCCUGAAAAGCGUGCCGUGGGGAAGGAACUUCCUCAAUUUUUGGGCGGGCGCUGGAAAUCUGGGUCGUGACGGCCGCCGCGCGUGGGGCGACGACGCGGGGGACUGGCAGCAGCGCUCGCUCACCUCCGCCGCGGCUUUCUCCUAA